AUGCCUCAACCACCUGCCCGUGCCUUUUCGCAAAAAGACCUCCCCCCCUCAGUCGAAACAGCAUACUACCGAAAAUGCAUCGACCUGCGCCGCCGCAUCACCGACAUUGAAGACUCCAACGACGGCACCCGCCUGCGCAUCACGCGCCUCAACCGCGGAAUCCAAAAGAUGCGCCUCGAGCGCGCCUUCCUCCUCGAACAGAUUAAUAAACACAUGGAAUACAACGCCGACGACAGUGACCGGAGUAGCAGUCCGCCACCCACCCCGACCGACAAGCCAUUACGCAGUAAACGCAGCGGCGGCGGCGGCGGCGGCGGCGGCGGCAGUACAACAGGAGCCAGAAAAGCCACGCCUCCCUCUCAAACCAACCAAAUCGCAACCCUGGGCAGUGUCACGCAAGCGCAGACGCAAAGUCCAGCGAGCACGGGUACACAGCAAGCCGGCCAACAAACUCAACCCCAACAACAAUCAUCUACAUCUACAACGCUUCCACAAUCCUCCCUAGCCGCGCUCUCAAGCCCACACUCGACCCCAGCCCCUUCCACUUCAACACCUUACCCUAACCCCCCCACAACCUCAGCUACAAGUCCCCACCCAACCCUCAAUGGCACUGCUACUGCUACAACUACAACUACAACUCCAACUCCCGCUAACCCCACCGUCCUCCCUCCCCUCCAUUCCCUCCCUGCACUCCAGACCCCCGCGCCCCGCGCCUACUUUGACCCGGCAUAUGACGACCAGCGCGCCAGUGCCGUGCCGUCUGCGGCGGGGGACAGUGCUUCUGCUGCUGCUGCUGCGACGGCGCAGAAUGGCGAUACGGAGAUGGUGGAUGUAGACGGGGGUGUUGGGAGUGGGCGGUAG